AUGAUAGCCCAUAAAUCCAUCCUUGCAUUUCUUUCGACUCUAUGGAUCACAGCUGGCGUUGCAGGUCAGCCGGAUCUGAAGGCUCCCGUGCAGCAGUUCUUCGAGAAACAUGCAACCCGUGGCUCGGCGCAUACCAAUAACUGGGCCGUCUUAGUGUGCUCGUCACGAUAUUGGUUCAACUACCGAGUGACAAUGGCGAAUGCGUUGGGGAUGUAUCGCACUGUGAAGCGGCUCGGCAUCCCAGACUCGAACAUCAUCCUCAUGCUUGCGGACGAUGCAGCAUGCAAUGUACGCAAUAAAUUCGCUGGCUGCGUGUAUGCGAAUCCUGGACGACAUUUGGAUCUAUAUGGAGACAACAUUGAGGUGGACUAUCGUGGGUAUGAGGUGACUGUGGAGAACUUCUUGAGGGUCCUGACAGGCCGGAUGGACAGCUCUGUUCCCAGAUCGAAGCGUCUUCUGACCGACGACCGCUCGAACAUCUUCGUGUAUAUGACCGGUCAUGGCGGGAAUGAGUUCCUGAAGUUCCAGGACAAUGAGGAAAUCAGCGCCUUCGACAUUGCCGAUGCAUUUGAACAAAUGUGGCAAAAGAAGCGGUAUAACGAGAUAUUCUUCAUGAUUGAUACUUGUCAAGCCAACACUAUGUUUACGAAGUUCUACUCUCCAAACAUUCUGGCGACAGGGUCCUCAGAGAUUCAUGAGAAUUCAUAUUCUCACGAGAACGAUUAUGACAUCGGAGUCGCUGUCAUCGACAAGUUCACGCACUACGUGCUCCAGUUCAUGGAAGGCAUCAAUAAGACCAGUCAAGCUUCUAUGCAGGAUCUGUUCAACACGUUCGAUCCAAAGAAGCUCGACUCACACCCCGGUGUCCGCUCGGACCUUUUCUCCCGUUCACUGGACAACACACUUGUGACUGACUUCUUCGGUGGUGUUGCUCAGGCGGAGAUUGUGCACCUGCGCUUGAAGGUGCUACAACGGAUGCUGAAGAUCCAGAAGGCCGAUCAGAGGAGCCGCCCACGCCAGAGAUCGCAGACACAUUCGUUGAUCCUUCUCCCCUCACGAUGGACUGGGAACUACCAAACGCUUCCGUUGGCACUGCCUCAGAGCCUCAACAUGGCGGUUCUAACGUUGACUUCACGAAACUGAUCGACGCAGCUGCCCAGGUCGAAACUAUGCCGAAGACGCCGUUGACAUCCACAUUGAGGGCUUGGGUGUCGAGCCUACUGGUCCUCGUUCUCGUGUCUUGGACAGCCGCGCAACGUACUCGCCGUCCAGCUGACCAAUGAAUGGCUGCGUUGCAGCCGCACUGUACGUUCCUACGAGGUAUCCAGGCUGUUGUACAGUGUAUUAUAGAUCCACUCUCUUCCCGUCCCGCGCACUCGUCUUGAUCGCCUCAAGCAGUUGCUUCAACUUGACUGCGUCCUCAAGAGUGGGGAAGUUACCCGCGUCGCCCUUCGCAUACUCCGCCCACGCCCUGCCCGUGUUCGUCUGCCCGUCCUGUGACACCUCCACCUUCUCUUCGUUCAAGUACAGGUCCGGCUCGUAUAUGUGGAUGUAUGCUCCCGCAGGGACGUCG